CCAUCGGCUCAAGGCCCAUCCCACACUGGGUGGGACUUACAGGGCCGGUUUGCUGCGUGGUUGCGGGAUGCCCCUUCGCUGACCGCCCGGGGCUCGCGCCUGCCCGCGCUAAUGCGGCCGAUCCCGCACCAUCAUGUAAGCGGCACCUGCAGGUGGACGCUGGCUUCUCCGCCCGGGACCCCUGUGCCCUGUCUCGGGCACAGGGCCCCUCGAUGAUCUCAGUAUCCAUGGACCUUGGAGAGGGCCCACUGGGUCCUGCUUACCCGAUGCAUGAGCAGAGCCACUGACCCUGAGGUGGCCGCUGGUCCUUUCCGUCUUCAGGACACACCAUGUUGACUGGGGUGACAGAUGGUUUCUUCUGCUGCUUGCUGGGGACGCCUCCCAAUGCCGUGCGACCGCUGGAAAGCGUCGAGUCCAGCGAUGGCUACACGUUUGUGGAAGUCAAGCCUGGUCGGGUGCUGCGGGUGAAGCACGCGGGUCCCGCGCCGAUUCCCACGCCCCCACAACCUCCGCCGCUUCCAGAAGAUGAUCCUGGGGUCAAGACCGGCCUCGUGCGCUGCCAGCGCCGCAUUACGGUGUACCGCAACGGGAGGCUGGUGGUGGAGAACCUGGGCCGCGCGCCUCGUGCCGACCUUCAAGGCUGCAGUGGCUCCGGGGACCCGCCCAAUGCUCUCGAGGUGGAGCUGGCAGAGCCCGCAGCGGGUGACGCCCGGGCCACCCCAGGCAGCGGGCGGCGCCGGCGCCUGCGGCGUCCCAAGAGGACCAUCCACAUCGACUGUGAGCAGCGCAUCACCAGCUGCAAGGGCGCGCAGGCCGAUGUGGUGCUGUUCUUUAUCCACGGUGUGGGUGGCUCACUUGCCAUCUGGAAGGAGCAGCUGGACUUCUUUGUGCGCCUUGGCUAUGAGGUGGUGGCACCUGACCUGGCAGGCCAUGGAGCCAGCUCUGCGCCGCAGGUGGCAGCUGCCUACACCUUUUACGCACUUGCAGAGGACAUGCGGGCCAUCUUCACGCGCUAUGCCAAGAAACGCAACGUGCUGAUCGGACACUCUUAUGGGGUCUCCUUCUGUACAUUCCUGGCCCAUGAGUACCCAGAUCUUGUUCACAAAGUGAUCAUGAUCAAUGGCGGGGGCCCCACUGCGCUGGAGCCCAGCCUCUGCUCCAUUUUCAACAUGCCCACGUGUGUCCUGCACUGCUUAUCGCCCUGUCUGGCCUGGAGUUUCCUCAAGGCCGGCUUUGCCCGUCAAGGGGCUAAAGAGAAGCAGCUGCUGAAGGAGGGCAACGCAUUCAAUGUGUCCUCCUUCGUGCUGCGGGCCAUGAUGAGCGGCCAGUACUGGCCUGAGGGUGACGAAGUGUACCAUGCGGAGCUGACAGUGCCCGUGCUGCUGGUGCAUGGCAUGCAUGACAAAUUCGUGCCAGUGGAGGAGGACCAACGCAUGGCUGAGAUCCUGCUGCUGGCCUUUCUCAAGCUCAUCGAGGAAGGUAGCCACAUGGUGAUGCUGGAGUGUCCGGAGACAGUCAACACGCUGCUGCACGAGUUCCUGCUCUGGGAGCCAGAGCCUGAGCCACAGCUGCUGCAGCCAGAGCCGGCUCCAGGGGAGAAGUGACCUGCUGCUGCAUGCCUGCUGGAUCUUGAGUAGCUGAGGCUCCCUUAGACUGGGCAUAGGCUGGAUGGAUGGGGCCUCACACCAAUGGGU